AUUGGACCAGAUGAUGACGCCCUUUUGGAUAUUUCCUGAGCAAGCCCAUUUAUGGAUCAACGGCCUAUGUUUACAGUCCAAUUAGCAUUCAGUCGGUCAGCCAUGGGUUCAAGGGACCAGACGAGGCCCAUUUGGAUAUCUCUAGGCCCAGUUCAUUUGAAGACCAAUGGCUUGGCCCAAUUCAAUGUGUUGAGUUUAUUGGACCAGACGAGGCCCAUUCAUAUAUCUCCUUGUCCAGGCCCAUUUAUGCAUCAAUCGACUUCGUUUAUACUUUAUACACGACUCAGUUGCAGCCGGUCGUCGUUAGUUGCUGGCCUUCAUUGCCAUCGUCACCGCCUCCUCUUCUUGAUCCAUGGCAUCGAGCAUAUGAUCUUCGCGUCUCUGCAAAGCAGAAAAUGUCGAUUGCAUUGCAUAGUUACCAGAAGCUAGGCUUGAGGGAGGCUCUCCUGAGAAUUCACCGAUACCCAAUUGCCUGCAAAGAGCUUAGUUUGAUUCUCAGAGUUGCUUACAAUAAGCUUCCUAAGGAUCUCCAGUGCCUCGUCUUCCAAGAUACCCUAGCCGCCUUUCAUCUCCUUCCAGAAAUGCAGGCAAGCAAUGCCGUUUUCGCGGCUCAUCUCCUCUUCCAGAGUGCAAAGGCUUCAUUACCGAAGCAGAAAAGGAACUUGGCUGUUGCAGAAUUCAAGCAAGCAAUGAUUUCUCAUAAAAGACGCUCUAAAGCCAAGCGGGAAGAAAAGGAUACCGCCCAAUUGCCAGAGGAUGUGAUCAUACACAUCUUCAGUCUCCUCGACUUGCAGUCUUUAGUCUCUGUUGGGCAAGUCUGCUGGUUAUGGAAUUCUGCAGCAAGCGACAACAAUCUGUGGAAGUCACAGUAUGAUGUAUUCUUUGGUAAUUCUGAAGGUUGCUCAACAGCUAAGGGGCAGCAAAGGGAUAGAAUGGUUGUUGCUAAGCUGUUUACAAAUUCAAUGGAUGAUGCAACUACUGGAACCAGUAUUAAUUGGAAAGAGACUUUUAAAAGAGCAUAUAUAGGCAAUUCACGUGAGAAAUUCACGUCUAAUAGGGGAUACUGCAGUCGCUGUAAUGCAAUAGUCUGGGUCAAUAAUAUGAAAUGUUCCAGGGAGCGCUCUGGAUCACAAGCUGACAAUCAUAAAAUUAAGCCUUUAUCAUCUCGCCAGGUUGCCGAGUACCUAAUUGGCAUUUCAUUCUCAAUCACAUCUUCCUCAGAUAGUGAUAGUGAAUCAGACGACGAGCCAAUCUCCGGAUUAUGGGCCUAUCCGAGGCACACUAGACUCCUGCAUAAGUAUCUUCUCUAGGGAAACAUGGAGGGCAUUUGCACCCCUUGUUUUUUCCCUAAGAUGUUUUAGAUACUGAAUUUUCAUCCUAGAAUUGUACAGAUGUAUGUAUUAAGAGCCUCCAGUUUCAUAGAGGUGAUUACUUGGUGAAGGUCUUGGUAAGAGUAUCAGUUGAGACUUAAGAGGGGCUUUAUAUCCUUGGACCUUUCCCCAAGAAAGAAUGAUUGGAGUGUUUGCAGCUUGGUCCCUAGAUGUAAAUUUGUUUAUCAGCUACACUGGCAAGUAGUUCUUCAUACUACCAGAGGUGAUUCAUUAUAUCGAGUAUUGAUAGGAACACAAUAACGAAAAUAACUUGGGAUUUGUUGAUCAAAGUUCAGCUGAUAAUCUUUCGUUGCCCACCAUC